AACGGUCGAGCAUUUACGGACCUUCCGCCUGGUGACUCAGAUUGACUCUAGCAUGUCCGCAGCUCUUAAGAUCGCCUCCAUGCCCGCUAUCACUGGAUAUUUGUCUGUUAUCUCAUCCUCUUCAACCAAUGACGACUCAGAAGAUGAAGAUGAAACAGCCCUAUUUUGUAACGUUCCCCGCCAUGGUCGUGGAUGGUGUCGUUGCGAGGAGUCGAUGCGGUUGUGUGGGUUUUCCUGGUGUUGCAAUUAGCCUUCCAGACCGUAAAGGAUAUGACUUUUGUGGCUGCACGGUAUCGCUUCCGCGCCUUCCAAGCGCUCGCUCGGAAGCGUGAAUGGGCUAUCCCAGACCCUGCCGGCCCAAGGGCAACGGCUCCGUCGCUCUUCGCUGCCUAGAAUGAGUGCGAUCUGCUGGGAGGGAACCUCAUCUCUGUCAUCAUGGUGCUGCUGGCGGCCUGUUUGGUGUACAUGGACAACCGGCUACCAGACCUUUAAGGUAGUCAAGUUCAC